GCGGCGGUGUCGGCAUGAAAACAGAAGAGACGGACAGCAGAGAAACGCGUCCGUCACUGUAGAAAACGGAGGUAGUCACCUAAGGUGGACCCAGGCUAGCUAGUUAAAUAAGAUAAAUAUUUUAAAGUAACAAUUCAGCGUGUCGGCAACUAGCUAGCCAGGAAAAUAGUAGUUUACUAAACGUUUUCAUGCCACGGGUAAAACUGAAAAGCUAACGCUAGCAGGUAAAGCUAGUAGUUGCAUAUCGCGCGCACCAGACGUUACGUUUUAAAUUGGCUCGCGUGACUAGUUAGGCAACAUUGUUCUCAUAAACGAACAUCAGAAUUUGUUGUGGUAUGGUAGUUAAAACGGAUGAUAAUCUGUCAUGUGUAGCGAAUCACUCAAAAUUGUGCGGCGAUGCAUAACUGGGUGUCUAGCAUGUUACUAGUUACCUAUCGCGACUGCCAAACUAAGUGCUUUGUUUUGUUAGGGUUAGCAAGACAUCGCUAACUGACGCUAGUUAGCUAGCUGAGGGAUGUUAGCCAACUAGCUAGCUUUUAACUAGGCUAGGUUAAGUUUGCCAGCGGUUAACUAGUUAGAGAGUUAACUAGCUGGCUAGCUAGAUCAAUCACUAGAAACUUCAGGCGAAAAUACAUCAACCAAGCUUGUCUGCCAAUGUCUGAAGCCUCAUUUAAGCGAGUGUUAAUUAUGCUGUUAGCAAGAUAGCUGGUAGCCAACAGUUGCGAAUGGUGUGCCCAGUCAGGUAGGCAACUCACUCGCCGCCUUGCGCUGUCACGCACUUAGCUAGCCAGCUUCGCUGCGCUUUUUGGUCUAAGAACAUAUUCUCCAACGCUUGAGUCCUGUUUUUGGACUGAGCCUGUUUUUUAGAGUGUGGUUAUUAAACCUGUGAUAAUCCUCGCAAAUAAAUGAUUGCAAAAUUGGCGUUGCACUAAUUCAGCAGAUGGCAGUGUUAGGGGGCUGUCCUGGGUGUGAUGAACAAUGAGACUUGCAACAGUGAAAUAUUCUGCAUGAAGUCAAACUAGGAUCAGCUAGCAAGACAGAUGCUGCCGCUGAGAAAAUAUGGACGAGGGGUAGCCUACGGUUGCUCGUGUUGUCACUAAUGUCAGUUCAGGCGGUUACAUUGCGCUAUACUUGAAUCGAAACAAGCUAGCCAGCGAACUACAGAUACUGCCAGGGGUCUGUAGCUCUUAAUUUAUGUCCAUGGCGGAGUUUACUGAAAAAUGCGGAUUAUUUUCGCCUAGUCCUGGGGAAAAGGCAAGCGAUGAAGACGGGAAGGCGCAACACGAAGUAUCUGUAUCAAACGGUGAUUGUGGACUUCCGGCAAAUACGGUUGGAUCAACUGGACCUGAUAAUCAGAGACUUGAGACGGCUAACACAUCUGUCGACAGCAAAUCCGGGAUACCGCGAAGGACCAGUAUCAUAAAGGAUGGCUCAAGGCAAAGAAAAGAGAGGAAGAAAACAGUUUCCUUUAGCAGCAUGCCCACUGAAAAGAAGAUCAGCAGUGCCAGUGACUGCAUUAAUGCCAUGGUGGAUGGUUCUGAGUUGAGGAAGGUGCGGUCCAAUUCCAGAGUGUAUCAUCGCUACUUCCUCCUCGAUGCGGACAUGCAGUCUCUUAGGUGGGAACCGUCAAAAAAGGAGUCAGACAAAGCCAAGAUUGAUGUGAAGUCCAUUAAGGAAGUGCGGACUGGCAAGAACACAGACACUUUCAGGACCAAUGGCAUUUACGAUCAGAUUUCAGAGGACAGUGCAUUCUCUAUUAUUUAUGGGGAGAAUUAUGAGUCUCUGGAUUUAGUUGCAAACACAGCAGAUGUAGCUAACAUAUGGGUGACAGGACUCAGGUACCUGAUAUCCUAUGGUAAACACACCCUGAACAUGAUUGAAAGCAGUCAGAACAAUCUUCGCUCUUCUUGGCUUGGGGAGCUCUUUGAUGAUGCCGAUGUCAGUGGCAGCAAUAGCAUCAGCCUUUGUACUGCUGUACAGUUGAUCAAAAAACUGAAUCCUGGACUGAAAAAUGUGAAAAUAGAGCUGAAGAUUAAAGAGUUGCACAAAGCAAAAGACAAGAUUGGGUGUGAUGUCAUUAAAGAGGAGUUUGUUGAGAUGUACCAUGAUCUUUGCACAAGACCAGAAAUAUACUUUUUGCUUGUUCAGUUCUCUAGUAACAAAGAAUUUCUUGAUACCAAGGAUUUAAUGAUAUUUUUAGAGGCAGAACAAGGAAUGGCCGAAGUGAGCGAAGACACAAGCUUGGAGGUAAUUCGGCAAUAUGAACCAACUAAAGAGGGUCAACUCAAGGGAUGGCUCUCUUUGGAUGGAUUUACAAACUAUCUUAUGUCUAAUGACUGCCACAUUUUUGAUCCAGAACAAAAGACAGUGUGCCAAGACAUGAACCAGCCCUUGUCUCACUAUUACAUCAACUCAUCUCACAACACCUACCUGAUUGAGGACCAGUUCAGGGGCCCCUCAGAUAUCACAGGCUAUAUCCGUGCCCUGAAGAUGGGAUGUCGGAGCGUAGAGCUGGAUGUUUGGGAUGGGCCAGACAAUGAGCCGGUAAUUUACACUGGCCAUACCAUGACCUCACAGAUUGUCUUUCGCAGUGUCAUUGACAUCAUAAACAAAUACGCAUUUGUGGCAUCUGAAUUUCCCCUGAUUCUGUGUUUGGAGAAUCAUUGUUCCCUAAAGCAACAGAAAUUAAUGUAUCAGCACCUCAAGAAAAUCCUUGGGGACAAAAUUUACACUGAUCCACCCAAACCUGAAGACAACUACCUUCCCUCCCCCAAUGAUUUGAAAGGGAAGAUUCUUUUGAAAGGAAAGAAGCUAGGCAGCACAUCUACAAGCUCUGAGGGGGAAGUGACUGACGAGGAUGAAGGGGCAGAAAUGUCUCAGCGACUGAACAAUGAAGGAGAACAACAGACUCUUACUCAACCCAAAAAGUUUCAACUCUCCAAAGACUUGUCUGACCUUGUGACCUUGUGUAAAUCCAUUCAGUUCAAGGACUUUCAGACAGCAUUUGAGAGCCAGAAACAUUGGGAGCUUUGCUCUUUCAAUGAGGUGUUUGCCAGCAAAUGUGCCACUGAUUACCCUGGUGAAUUUGUAAAUUAUAACAAGAAGUUCCUUGCUAGGGUUUACCCUAGCCCAAUGCGAAUUGAUUCAAGCAAUAUGAACCCUCAGGACUUUUGGAAGUGUGGUUGCCAGAUUGUGGCAAUGAACUACCAAACCCCAGGUCUGAUGAUGGACCUGAACAUUGGCUGGUUCAGACAAAAUGGGAACUGUGGAUAUGUGCUGCGUCCAGCCAUAAUGAGGGAACAGGUGUCUUAUUUUAGUGCCAAUACAAAAGAUUCUGUACCCGGAGUAUCUCCACAACUGCUUCACAUAAAGAUCAUUAGUGGACAAAAUUUCCCCAAACCCAAGGGUUCAGGUGCCAAGGGUGAUGUUGUAGACCCAUAUGUCUAUGUUGAGAUCCAUGGCAUUCCUGCUGAUUGUGCUGAGCAAAGGACUAAAACGGUCAAUCAGAAUGGGGACAACCCACUCUUUGAUGAGAGUUUUGAGUUUCAGAUUAACCUUCCUGAGCUGGCCAUGGUCCGCUUUGUUGUUCUGGAUGAUGACUAUAUCGGAGAUGAGUUUAUUGGUCAGUACACUAUUCCUUUUGAGUGUCUACAGCCAGGCUUCAGACAUAUUCCUCUUCAGUCACUGACUGGCGAAAUGCUUCCUCAUGCUUGGUUGUUUGUCCACGUGGCCAUCACCAAUCGACGAGGUGGGGGCAAGCCCCAUAAGAGAGGGCUCUCUGUCCGCAAGGUGAAAAGGAACCGGGAGUAUGCCACCAUGAGGAUUCUACUCAUCAAGGCUGUGGACGAGGUUUUUAAGACUGCCACACAGCCACUUCGAGAGGGUGCUGACCUUCGAGAGAACAUGCAGAAUGCUGUAGCAUCAUUUAAAGAGCUGUGUGGUUUGUCUGCGGUGGCAAACCUGAAGCAAUGCAUGCUGGCCCUGUCUUCUCGACUCAUGGGACCAGACAGUAGCCCAGUCGUGUUGUUUAACCUGAAAGAACAGUACCCCACCAUGGAGGCCCAAGGGAUACUGCCGGAUGUCCUGAAAAAGGUGGUCAGCACGUAUGAAACAAUGAUUCAAACCAGCCGGACGCUGCUGGAAAACUCGGAGGGUGUCUAUGACAGGAUGCUGCAAGUCCAGAAAUCAGCGAUGGAAUUCCAUGAGAAUCUCCACAACAUGGCAGUGAAGGAGGGUCUGAAGGGGAGGAAGCAGCACAAGUCAGUGGAGAGCUUCACAUGGAACAUCACCAUUCUGAAGGGCCAGGCAGACCUGCUGAAGCAUGCUCGGGUGGAGGUGCUGGAGAACCUGAAGCAGCUGCACUACGCUGCCCUGGCCUGUGGCCUGGCCAAGGGAGGUCCAGCAGCAAUGCCGUCCACUGGCUCUGACUCCAGGCCCUGCCGCAGCCUGGAUGCCAUCCCAGAGAAGGCCCUGGGGGAGGAGGACAUCAGUGACGAGGAUGACAACUGAGGACCCAAUUCCUCUUCCCCACCCCCCACCCCCCACUCCCCACUGGAGCCCAAAAUCACUGAGCCUAGAUACCAGCCGCUGCCUUCUGAGGCUGAACCUUUGCAGACAUUGCAGAGGGGGAGAAUUGGUUUAAAAGGAGCAGGUCAGAGUGGUCAAGCUUUGUGUCACCCUUAAGCCAUGGUCAGAAGGAAUAACGCGGAAGAGACGUUGUGAUAAAGAAGUCAUGGCCUUACACCCUACUGUUCUUUAAUCUGCCUCUCUCUGUCACCCCAGUAUCAUUUCUGUAUCUGUGAGGCAAAGUGCCUCAUCUUCUGCCAGGCUUUCUGGCCAAAACCCCAACUAGGAACCCUGGUCCACAUCUCCUCUGACCCUGAGACUUCUCCGCUCAAACCCGUGUGGGUGUGUAAGGUGCGCAGGUCACUGUGCACUGCGACAGUGACAAGACUCGCUGCUGUGUUGUACUAAAGACAAGCACUUGUGGAGCCUUGCACCAAGACUGCCAUUAAGCACAAGAGUAAAGGUUUUAGACAACCUGAAACUGGAGCCAUGAAUGAUGUGUGUGUGUGUGUGUGUGAGAGAGAGAGAGAGAGAGAGAGAGAAUGAGAAUGAGCCAAGUUGUUUACAAUAAUGAACUAAUUCAAGUUCUGUCUGCCAAAAUAGUAUAUAUAUGUGUGUGUGUGUGUGUGUCUGUGUAUGUGUAUGUAUGUAUGUA